AUGACCGAUGCGCUGAGCCUCCACCCAGCUACAAGGCUGCUAGACGCUUUGUGUUCCUGCAUCGAACAGGACAUUCAUCCACUCUCUGCCGCAGCUGUUGCCGCCGGUUCCAAACUCUUUGGCGCUGCAAUCCUACGCAAAUCAGACUUGAGCGUUGUCUACGCGGAUACGAAUCAGGAACGUGGGUCACCAUUGUGGCAUGGAGAAACCUGGACGUUGAAACAAUUCUUCGAGAUACCGGCGGAUCAACGACCUGACGUGGCGGAAUGCUUGUUCCUUACGACCCACGAACCAUGUUCACUUUGUCUGUCGGCAAUUGUGUGGAGUGGAUUCGACAACUUCAUAUACAUGUACACAUAUGAGGAGACACAUAACAUCUUUGAGUGUCAUGGUGAUCUGGAUAUUUUCAACAAUGUUUUCAACGUGCGUGAAGACGAGGUUGCGAGACAGGCCAGUGCAGAUGGGAGAUUGAGCCAGGUACGACCACAAUACAAGUUGCAAAGUAGCAUGUUAGUGGCACGCAGUUUCGCGGAAUUGAUCGCAGCGGUUCCAGGUCAAGAGGAAAGGGAUAAGUAUGUGGCGAAGGUGGACGCGGUUAAGAAGAGAUAUGGCCGGCUUUCAGAGGCUUAUCGAAGGAACAUGAAUGUGGAAUAA